AUGCGAUAUAAUAGAUAUGGACCUGUAAAACCGAACUGGAGUCCUUGGAAAAAUUUACCAUUAGUGAUAGCUGCAGGUGCCGGGACAGGUUUAGUUGUUAUAGGUACAAUAUUAGGAUUAGGUUUAGGUAUUGGAUUACACAAUGAUAGUCAAAAUCUUACUUAUUUCACAGACAGUACGACUAGUACUACAACAACAACAGCAACAACCACAACAACGACAGUAUCGACGGCAUCUACAACAACAUCAACGACAUCAACAUCAACAACGACAACAACGACUACGACAACAUCAACAUCAACAUCAACAACGACGACAACGACAACAUCAACAACGACAACGACCACGACAACAUCAACAACGACAACAACAACAACGACAACGACAACAACUGUAGCAGGAGGCUAG